UUGUCUUGUUCUUCCUCAACGGGGACUUCUACAUGCAGCUCUGGCAACUCAAUACAAGAUUUCAGCUUCAUCACGCACGCAAGACUUUCUACACACACUCCUGCGCGUUGCAUCUUUGCUUGAAUCAGGGACCAAGAACAGUCAUGGCUGAUGAGGGCUAUGUAGUACGCAUCAGGGGUCUACCUUGGUCCUGUUCAGUGGAUGAAGUACAGAGAUUUUUCUCAGAUUGCAAAGUCAUCAAUAAUGGAGGAGGCAUCCACUUCACCUACACAAGAGAGGGUCGUCCCAGUGGAGAGGCAUUUGUUGAGUUGGAGACAGAGGAAGACCUGAAGAUUGCAGUGAAGAAGGACAGAGAAACCAUGGGCCACAGAUAUGUAGAAGUUUUUAAAUCCAACAAUGUCGAGAUGGACUGGGUAAUGAAGCACACCGGGCCAAAUUGUCCAGAGACGGCAGGAGACGGGCUGGUUCGGCUCAGAGGGCUUCCUUUUGGUUGCAGCAAAGAGGAGAUAGUACAGUUUUUCUCAGGGUUGGAAAUCGUGCCAAAUGGGAUAACAUUGCCGGUGGACAUCCAGGGGAGGAGUACGGGGGAGGCCUUCGUGCAGUUUGCUUCACAGGAUAUAGCUGAAAAGGCUCUAAAGAAACACAAGGAAAGAAUAGGGCACAGGUACAUUGAGAUCUUCAAGAGUAGCCGCGCUGAGGUGCGGACCCAUUAUGAACCCCAGCGGAAGCCCAUGGGUAUGCAGAGACCGGGCCCCUACGACCGGCCUUCUGGUGGUCGCGGCUACAACAUGAUGGGCCGAGGGGGAUCCUAUGACAGGAUGCGCCGUGGAGGCUAUGGAGGAGGUGUAUCCGAUGGAAGGUAUGGCGAUGGUGGCUCUUCCUUCCAGAGUACAACUGGCCAUUGUGUCCACAUGAGGGGCCUGCCGUACAGAGCCACAGAGACAGACAUCUACAAUUUUUUCUCGCCACUGAAUCCAGUGCGGGUCCAUAUUGAGAUCGGCCCUGAUGGCAGAGUAACAGGAGAGGCAGAUGUAGAGUUUGCAACACACGAAGAUGCCGUGGCAGCUAUGUCGAAAGACAAAGCCAACAUGCAGCACCGCUACGUGGAGCUCUUCUUGAACUCAACAGCAGGGGGCAGUAACGGAGCUUAUGGCAGCCAAAUGAUGGGUGGCAUGGGGAACCAAUCAUCCUAUAGUGGUGGUCAGCUGAGCUCGGGGUACUCUGGUGGAUACAGCAGCCAGGGGAAUAUGGGCGGCUACAGUGACUACAGUAACCAGGGCGGGAUGGGAAACAGUUACUAUGGCAGCGGUGGAGGAGGAGGAAGCAGAGGCUCUAUGAAUGGACUGGGCGGGGGAUGGGGAAUGUAAAUUUGUUUUUUUUUUUUCACUUAAUUUGAUGUUUUUUUUAAAGUCAGCAUUUAGCUGGAAGGACUGGAAACGUAGUCUCACCUCGUAAACUUAGGGUAGGGUCAGGUUGUUUUGAAAAUACUGAGGGGUAGGGUUUGUAUUUUUUUUAAGUGGAUGAUCUUCAGAGAGAAGUGAGAUCAUCUGGUAUCGGUGAGAAGCGCUGUUUGUCUUUUGCCACCCCCCACAGAUUUGACACACCACAGAAACCGUGCUCUGAAUUUUCAUAACAGAGAAGUGUGUUUUUUUGUUAUAGUUUUCUGAGCACCUGGCUGUUCCUCAAAGUUAACUAAUCCGUUGCUGGUGGCUCUAACAUUAGUUUCAGUGUCUGAGUGCAUGAACAACAGAAUUCAGAAAAUGUCCAUCUUAUUUUUUAGAUCUUAUUUCAUCUUCCAAAUAGUGUUAUGCCCUUUUAUUUCUGGUUCAAAUCUUAUGACUCAAGCAUGUUUUGUUUUUUUCUACAGUGUGACUGUUAGCCGGUUUCUCUGGAUAAGUGUUAUAUCAGAAACAAGUGAAUUUCAAAUCUGUUGACAUGAAGGUUUCUACUGCUUCAAAUGCUAUUUGUAUUUCCUGUGCACAAAGUGAAUAAACUAGUCUGGAAUAUCUAAUUGAAACACUGA